CGGUAUCUACACUGGAAGCUUGGAUUGUACGCCAUUUUGUUUAUGCUGAUAGUGUUUCUUCCAUUUUAUAUUGGCUAUCUUAUAAUCAGCAAUGCACGUUUCGUGCGAGCAAGGCUCGUCAAACCGCUUGCACUUGGCGCAUGGGUGGUGUUCAUCUAUUUAUUCUGGAAGAUUGGCGACCCGUUCCCGAUCCUAAGUCCAAAACAUGGCAUACUCUCGAUUGAGCAAGUCAUCAGCCGUGUAGGUGUUGUUGGCGUCACACUCAUGGCUGUACUGUCUGGAUUCGGUGCGGUCAACUACCCGUACACCUCUAUGGCCUACUUUAUGAGGGUGGUUACUCUCACUGAUGUGCAGAACAUGGAGAAGAAACUCCUUCAGACACUUGAUGUAAUCAUCAUGAAGAAGAAAAGGAUUGCCUUGGCCAUAAGGGAGAAGCAGAAACAGUCAGCAUCGGGUCGCCAAACCACCGGCAUCUGGGGCAUGCUGCAGAGCGUCACCUCAUCUGCGGCCAGCGGUACUGAAGACAUUGGCCAGUUGAAGCAGAGUGUAGAAGCCCUGGAGGAGUUCAGCCGACAGUUGUUUCUGGAGACGGUGGAGAUACACAACAUGAUGGAAAGGAUAGAGUGGUCCAAAACCUUCAAAGGGAAAUACUUCAACUUUAUCGGCUACUUCUUCUCGUUGUACUGCAUAUGGAAGAUAUUUAUUUGCACAAUCAACAUUGUCUUUGAUCGCGUCGGGAAGGUGGACCCUGUGACGAGGGAAUGCAGAUUGCUGUCCAUUACAUGGGAUUUGACGUUGAUGUGAAGUUUUGGUCGCAGCAUAUUCUUUUAUUCUGGUUGGCAUCAUUGUCAUCACUUCUAUACGAGGCCUAUUGAUAACCCUCACUAAG